AUGACGACGGAUCAAGGCCACGGCGACCUCAGCUGGAUACCAAUCAUCGAUCUUAAGGUGUUUGAUAUCACAAAAGAAGAAAAUGAAGUCGACAGAAAAGAUCUGGAAAAAGUGGCAAACGAUGUGUUCAAAGCCUUCAGCACCAUAGGUUUUGUAUACAUCAAAAAUCACGGAAUUCCCCAAGACCAGAUUGACAAUAUAUUUAGAUUGGCUGAUGAUUUUUUUGCACAACCACAAGAGACCAAGGACAAGUUAAUUCGUCCCGUAUCUGAGGCAGUUGGCAUUGGUUACAUUCCUGGUGGAAGAGAACACUUUGUGUCUGGCAAACCUGCUGUCUUGAGGGAGUCCUUUGAUGUUAUCAUAGGAAGUACCUACAAACAGCUUUGGCCAAGUAUUCCAAACUUUGAGCAGGAUGUGGUGGAGUUCCACAGAACUUGUGCCAAACUGAGCCUUCGAAUGCUGAAACUGAUUGGGAUGGGACUUGGACUGGAGGACCAAAAUGAGCUGCUUGCGUGCCAUACAAAUCUUGUCAACUGGCGUGACAACAGCACCACCAUGUUAAGACUUUUGACCUACCCACCUUUCACUGAAAAAGAAGACAAGAUGCCAGACCUGACACGUUGUGCUGAACACACGGAUUACGGCUCCAUGAGUCUGAUGUUCCAAGAUAGCACUGGGGGCCUUGAGGUAAUUGUGUUAGGUGUGACAGUCUGCUGGGUGUGCCAUUGUGCUUGGUGUGCCAGUGUGGAGUAUGAGCCUGGGAUGGCUCUCACACAUUGUGUGCAGACAGUGGAUGGAGAGUACAAACCAGCCACACCUAUACCUGGUACCAUAGUGGUCAUCUUGGAUGACAUGAUGCCCAGAUGGACCUCGGACAGACUGAAGGCCACGCUUCACCGAGUUACCCCUUCCGAUAAGAGGAACACGCGUAGAAGUUUGGUCUAUUUUACUGAUCCUGAUAGUUGUACGAUUGUGAAACCUCUUGACGGAUCGGACACGUACCCUCCUAUCCGUUAUACAAGAUACGUGACACAGGUGCAUAUGAAUGAUUUCUAA